AUGCUCUUCCUCAAGACCUGCCAUCUUGCCACCUUCUACCCCCUCAUCCUACCAGCCCUCUGCCAAUCAACCUACCCAGACUGCACAACCGGCCCCCUCUCCACCCUGCCAAUCUGCAACACAACCCUACCCCCCCGGGCCCGCGCCCAAUCCCUCGUCUCCGCCCUCACGCUCCCCGAGAAAAUCAACAACACAGCCCACGAAGCAGCCGGCGCGCCCCGUCUCAACCUCCCGCCCUACAACUGGUGGAACGAGGCCCUGCACGGUGUCGCCGCAAAGCACGGCGUUACCUUCGAGGAGUCGGGAGAGUACAGCUACGCGACGUCCUUCCCAGCCCCCAUCGUCCUCGGCGCCGCAUUCAACGAUGCCCUUGUCCACCAAGUCGCAGCCAUAAUCUCCACGGAGGCGCGCGCGUUCUCGAACUCAGACCAUGCAGGUCUGGACUACUGGACGCCCAACGUCAACCCGUUUAAGGAUCCGCGCUGGGGACGAGGCCAAGAAACGCCGGGUGAGGAUCCGCUGCAUUGCUCGCGGUACGUUAAGCAGUUCGUGGAUGGGAUGCAGGGGGACGCCGAGCAUCCCAAGGUCCUCGCGACAUGCAAGCACCUCGCGGCCUACGACCUGGAGGAAUGGGGCGGGACUAGCCGGUUUGAGUUUGAUGCGCGGGUUUCAAUCGUCGAUUUGCUGGAGUACUAUCUCCCCCCCUUUAAGACGUGCGCGGUAGACGCGAAUGUCGGCGCGUUUAUGUGCAGCUAUAAUGCGCUCAAUGGGGUGCCGGCUUGUGCGGACGGCUAUCUCCUGCAGACCGUGCUGCGGGAGCACUGGGGGUGGGAGGGGGAUGGGCAUUGGGUUACCGGGGACUGUGGGGCGAUUGAGCGCAUCCAGACGGAGCACCACUACGUCGAGACAGGCGCGGAAGCUGCAGCUGCGGCGAUGAAUGCGGGCGUUGAUUUGGACUGUGGGACGUGGUUGCCUACGUACCUUGGUGAGGCGGAGGAGCAGGGACUGGUUAGUGAGGAGACGCUGGAUACGGCGUUGACCAGGCUGUACACGAGUCUUGUGCAGCUGGGGUACUUUGAUCCUGCUGAGGACCAGCAGUUCAGGGGGAUAGGGUGGGAGGAUGUUGCUACAAAACAGGCGGAGGAUCUGGCGAGGAGGGUUGCGACGCAGGGGACUGUUUUGCUGAAGAACGAUGGCGUCUUGCCGUUGGAAGGAAAUGGGACGCUUGCGCUUAUAGGGCCGUUUAUUAACUACACCACCGAGCUGCAGAGCAACUACGCCGGUCCGGCGAGGUACAUCCCGACCAUGAUCGAGGCUGCCGCGGCACUAGGGUACAACGUUCUCACGGCCCAGGGCACAGAAGUCAACUCGACAAGCACGGAUGGUUUCGCCGACGCUCUUAACAUCGCCGCGCAAGCCGACGCCGUGAUCUUCUUCGGCGGAAUCGACCUGACCAUCGAAGAAGAGUCCCUUGACCGCACGCGCAUUGACUGGCCCGGGAACCAGGAAGACGUUAUCCUGGAACUAGCUGAUACCGGCAAACCACUGACAGUCGUGCAAUUCGGCGGCGGACAGGUCGACGACUCUGCGCUGCUCGCAUCUGACGGCGUCGGCGCAAUCAUCUGGGUCGGAUAUCCCAGCCAGUCUGGCGGCGCGGGCGUCUUCGAUGUCCUCACCGGCAAGGUCGCGCCUGCAGGUCGUCUACCCAUCACACAGUACCCCAAAGCCUACGUCGACGAGGUCACCAUGACAGAUAUGAACCUGCGUCCUGGGCCGAACAACCCCGGACGUACGUACCGGUGGUAUGAGGACGCCGUGCUCCCGUUCGGAUACGGUCUGCACUAUACGACGUUCAAUGUCUCGUGGGCGAAGAGCGAGUUCGGUCCGUAUGAUGCUUCGACACUCGCGGCGGGCGACUAUCCUGACUCGAACGUGGUCGACACGUUCUCCCUUGCUGUCACCAAUACUGGUAAUGUGCCAUCCGACUAUGUUGCGCUGGUGUUUGCCAGUGCCCCUGAUGUUGGACCUGAGACUGGCCCGAUCAAGGUUCUUGUUGGAUACAGCAGGGCUAGUGAGAUCAGACCCGGCGAGACGAGGAAGGUUGAUGUGGAAGUGACGGUUGCGCCGCUGGCGAGGGGGACCGAGGAUGGGAGGGUUGUACUGUAUCCCGGGAAGUAUACGCUUCUUGUGGACGUGAACGAGAACUAUCCGACCGCUGCGUUUGAGAUUACGGGGGAUGUCCAGGUGCUUGAGGAGUUUCCUUUGCCGGGGAAUGGCACUGCCUGA